AUGGCUGGACCAGAAUGCUGUUCAAACCCACCAACCCUGGACCCCUCUAGUGGAUCUGGCCAUGUUCAUAAAUUUGCUGGUCUUAAUUCCUAUCUCUCUGGCUCCCCUAACUCGAAUCGAGCCAUUCUCUUUGUCUCCGAUAUUUUUGGAUAUGAAGCGCCACUUUUAAGGAAGCUUGCAGACAAGGUUGCAGCUGCUGGGUACUAUGUGGUGGUUCCUGACUUCUUCAAUGGUGAUCCCUUUGAUUUUGAUAAUGUGAACAGGCCUUUACCUGUUUGGAUAAAAGAUCAUGCAGUGGACAAAGGCUUUGAAGCUGCAAAACCCGUAAUUGAAGCCUUAAAAAAUAACGGUGCUUCUGCUAUCGGGGCCGCUGGUUUUUGUUGGGGUGCUAAGGCUGUAUGUGAAUUUGGGAACUCCAGACUUAUCCAAGCUGCUGUGCUGUUACAUCCGUCAUUUAUCACUGUGGAUGACAUCGAUGGUGUUAAUGUUCCAAUUGCAAUACUUGGAGCUGAGCUUGACACAAUUACUCCUCAAGAGCUUAUAAAACAAUUUGAACAAGUCCUAACUGCUAAAUCUGGGGUUGAUAGUUAUGUAAAAAUAUUUCCUAAAGUCCCACAUGGUUGGACUGUAAGGUACGACACUAAUGAUCCAGAAGCUGUGAAGGCUGCAGAGGAGGCCCAUAAAAUCUUGUUGGACUGGUUUGAUAAAUAUCUUAAGUGA